UUCAGUUUCAAUGAUCAGUUCGUCAAUAAGUGAGUUGUUUAAUGUGUAACUGCUCUAACGAACAUAACGUGAGCCCUAGAUACAUUAUUAAUAAUGUAAAAAGAGACAUCUGUCACGCAAGCAACAUCAUUUGUCGCGCAAACUAUAAUUAAUUUCACAAUUGCUUAUUAUUAUAACUCUUUAAAAGAUACGUGCCUUUGGUGGAGAGCACGAGCUAGAAUGAGAACUCGAGUGUCGAACAUACAAUUGCUAUUAUUACUAUUAUGCAUUGGCAUCGUUUCUAUAAAUGUCGUCGCGCACCAAGAGUACUUCCAGACGAUGUACCAAUGGAGAUAUUUCGACUACAAGUGGAAAAACGCGAAUCACAAAGCGGCGGCGAUUGCCUCAGGCGAUUACAACUAUAGGAAAUGUGUAAUCAUCGAUGUCGACCACUCAAAAGAUGGGAGAGUAUUCGUAACCAUUAUAAGAAAUAAUGGAGUUCCAUCGAGUUUGAACGUAAUUAGUAAACAGAAGGGCCUCGGCGGUCCCCUCUUACAACCAUAUCCUGAUUGGACAUGGACGAAAAGAGGUGAUUGCAACGGUAUCACUAAUGUAUACAGAGUUAUGAUCGAUCGUUGCAAUAGACUAUGGGUUUUGGACAAUGGUAGGAUCGAAAAUAAAGUAAUAUGUCCAGCACAGCUUCUUGUCUUCGACCUCGCUACAAAUGCAUUAAUUAAAAGAGUGAAGAUACCUAAUAAUCUCUCGCAGAAUUCCCUGACAAAAAUGGGCCUAUUGGUUACCAUUGUUCUGGAGACAUAUGGACCCCAUUGCGCGCAUACAACUGCGUACAUGGCGGAUGUCUUAGGAUACGGACUGAUAAUCUAUGAUAGCGAUAGCGAGAAGAUUUGGCGUCUCGAGUCUGAAGUAUUCUAUCCGGAUUCGAACUUCGCAAAUUAUACCAUCAGGGGUGAGAGUUUCCAACUGCACGAUGGUAUCCUGGGGAUGGCCAAGCAUCCGUAUGCGCCCGUUCUCUAUUUCAGAUCUAUGUCUUCGCGAGAUAUCAACAGCGCAAGGACCACCGAUUUAAAGAAUUCGCGAUAUGGUACUAAAGUACAUUAUUACACGAUACGAGACGUUAUCCCGACCCAGGCAGCAGCCAUGGCUAUUUCAUCGAACGGCGUCCUGUUCUUCGGUCUACACACGAAAUUGUCCGUAGCAUGUUGGAACACUUGCAAGCCGUUCAACAAAGAUACCUUGGGUAUCAUCGCUUGCGAUCCUGACAGAUUUCAGUUUGCCAGUGGUAUUAAAAUAAUACCGGAAGACAUCACUAGCGCAAACGAGGAGCUCUGGGUAGUGACUAAUCGUUUUCAAAAGGUCAUGGCUGGCACGUUAAAUUUCAUGGAGGUCAACUUCCGAAUUAUGAAAGCGAAUGUCACGCAAUUGACAAAUAAUACUGUAUGUGCGUUACCGUAACUAGUAAAGAUUAUUGUAUGUGAUAGUAAUAAUUAUCAUCU